UAUAUACAGACUACACUCGAUUUCUCAGGCGAACACAGAGAAGCCAUGGCUUCUCCUCCUCCGUCGCUUCUCUCUCCUCCUCAAGUUCCAAUGGAACUUCAUAAACUCAACAGAGAGAAACUCGUCAAUGCUUUACGGGAGCACCUUACAAAAUCAUCUCGUUCGGUUGAAGGAUUCGUUAUUCUCCAGGGAGGCGAGGAGCGUACUCGGUACUGCACGGAUCACGCUGAACUCUUCAGGCAAGAGAGUUAUUUUGCUUACUUGUUUGGGGUGAAGGAGCCUGACUUUUAUGGAGCUAUUGAUGUGGCAACUGGGGAGUCUAUAUUAUUUGCUCCAAGGCUACCUGCGGAAUACGCUGUUUGGCUAGGAGAAAUAAAGCCAUUAGCCUACUUAAAGGAAACAUACAUGGUUGACAAGGUUUUCUACACUGAUGAGAUCGCAAGAACUUUGCAUGAUCAACAUCAGGGGUCAGACAGACCUUCAUUGUUUCUUCUGCAUGGACUCAACACUGACAGCAAUAAUUUCUCGAAGCCAGCUGACUUUGAGGGGAUUGAAAAAUUCAAAACAGAUAUGACAACAUUGCAUCCUAUUUUAACUGAGUGCCGUGUCUCCAAGUCAGAAAUGGAGCUUGCUCUAAUCCAGUUUGCCAACGACAUAAGCUCUGAAGCACAUGUUAAGGUUAUGCGAGAAACUAAAGUGGGCAUGAAAGAGUAUCAGUUGGAGAGCAUAUUCUUACAUCACACUUACAUGUACGGUGGAUGUAGGCAUUGUUCAUACACAUGCAUUUGUGCUACUGGUGACAAUAGUUCCGUUCUUCACUAUGGUCAUGCAGCUGCUCCAAAUGAUAAGACCUUGAAUGAUGGAGAUAUGUCUCUUCUAGAUAUGGGAGCUGAAUAUCAUUUUUAUGGGUCUGACAUAACUUGUUCAUUCCCGGUAAAUGGAAGAUUCACUAGUGAUCAAAGUCUCAUAUAUAAUGCUGUACUGGAUGCACACAAUGCUGUCAUAGCUUCCAUGAAGCCUGGAACAAACUGGGUAAAUAUGCACAAAUUAGCUGAGAGAGUUAUCCUUGAGGCACUGAAGAAAGGGAGCCUCCUUUUAGGUGAUGUUGAUGACAUGAUGUCAAAGCGAUUGGGUGCAGUUUUCAUGCCACAUGGUCUUGGCCAUUUCCUUGGAAUUGAUACCCAUGAUCCUGGGGGCUAUCUAAAGGGUGUAGAAAGACCCACUGAUUCGGGCUUAAAGUCUUUGCGUACAAGUAGAGAACUUGAAGAAGGAAUGGUGAUAACAGUGGAGCCGGGUUGCUACUUCAUAGAUGCUUUGCUUGGUCCAGCCAUGAAAAAUCCAACCAUUUCAAAGUUCAUUAACUGCGAAGAGAUUAAGAGAUUUGAGGGGUUUGGUGGAGUUAGAAUUGAGAGUGACUUGUAUGUUACUUCAGACGGUUGUGUUAACAUGACAAAGGUGCCAAGGGAAACACACGAAAUCGAGGCUGUAAUGGCAGGGGUACCAUGGCCGCCACCUACAAAGUGAAAGAUCAUAAUAGGAUGGUAAAAUCUUACAUUCUUUCCCAUUUUCAGUAAAAGAUUGAAAUAAGAGAAGGCUCGGCUUUCAUCACUUAAUUUAAAAACCUUAGUAUUCUGAAAGAUUUUGUACUCUUAUCAUUAAUAGGGUAAUGCUUAUAUGUUUGCUCUUUUAAACA